UAAGAGCAGUUUUAGUUUUUCAGACAAGUUAAGCAGAAAGUAGUUUCUACUGUUCUUGAAGUUUCUCUUAUUAAUAACAACUUGCAUUGGUGUGGUACAUUUGUUACAACUGAUGAGCCAGUGUUUCCACAUUAUUCUUAACUGAAUUCGUUGUUUACUGUAGGCUUCACUCUUUGUAUACAGUUGAGUUUUAUUAAAUGCAUAAGGUCAUGUAUCUACAAUUAUAGUGCGUACAGAACAGUUUCAUUGUCCUUAAAAGGUCCCCGGUACUCCACCUCAAGUAAUUUCUUUUCAGUUACCACUGUAUGGUGAAAACGCUGCCCUCCCCAUCCCUCCUUGGCCUUCACGGAAAUGAAAUGCCUUUUAUCCCACUGGCCCUUUUUCCUUAUUUGUGUAUCUGUCUCCUAAUUUGUAAGGUCUCUGGAGAGUCAGCCGGUGGUAUCCUGAUAAGCUUCCUAAAGGUGAGUUUCAAGGAACUAAUCCAUAUUCGUGUACUUAGAUACGGCAUCCAGACAGUGGCCUGUUUUCCUUGAAUUUAUCUUUAUUGUUACCUGCUGUGUUUCGGCCUUUGACAUGUGGAGAUCAUGGCCCCCCUGCUUGGGAUGGACUGCAAGGGAUCUAACAUGAAGAAGACUGAGCCCAGGAAACAGACUGUGAGCAUUCCCACACCAGGACUUGGGCUAAGAAACACAGUUUUGGAGUGAGAUGGAAGGAGAAUGAAAUCUUUCUAGGAGCAGUGUGAGGAAGACAGAAACCGCCCCCCUGCCUGGACUGGCCAAGCCACCUGCCCAGCGCUGCUGCCACCAUGCCCAAGAGAAAGGCCAAAGGAGAUGCUAAAGGUGACAAAGGGAAGGUGAAGGAUGAGCCGCAGAGGAGAUCGGCACGCUUGUCUGCUAAACCGGCUCCUCCAAAACCAGAACCCCGGCCUAAAAAGGCCCCUGCAAAGAAAGGAGAGAAGCUACCCAAAGGGAGAAAGGGGAAAGCAGAUGGUGGCAAGGAGGGGAACAACGCUGCAAAGAACCUAGAUGCUUCCACAGUCCAGUCACAGAAAGCAGAAGGCAGUGGGGAUGCCAAGUGAAGUGUACUUUUUUGAUAGUCUGUACUUCUAGUGACUCUACUGUUUGAAAUACUAUUUUUCUUUAAUCAAGUUUUAUAAAAAUGUAGAAUUUGGGUGUUGUUCUUUUUUCCCCAAACUUAACGUUGUUAGCAUACAAGAUGCAUUGUUGUUGUCCUUUGUGGAAAGUGCAAAUACCACUAAUAGAAUGUCUCAGAAGCUGGCUUGAAAUGGGGGAAGAUGGGAUUUUCUGUCCUUGUUUUUGAAGAUUAUUCUUGGUUCCCAGGAGAGAUUCUCUGACAUUCACACAUGUCAGCCACUUUGGCUUAGAAGCCUUACAGCACAGAGAAGCAAAACUUCAUGUCUUCUUUCCUGAUGCCAUCAGCAUAUACUUGACUUCCUGACAUAGUUGUGAUGUGGCCUUGGCUCCCCUAAAAUCCCAUGCUGGGUAACAGUACUCAGGCUUCCUGGUGAUAACACCAAGAUGGUGUUGCUCCAAAGAGCCAAGAUUCCUGUUUGUAGUUUGUAGAUCAUUGCAUUGAUGAUCUUAGAGUUUUUAGUUCCUUUCUUCCGUGUCCGAGUUGACCUGUGAAAAGAUCUUCCAUGCCUCUUGUGAAAUAUCCACCCCUUCUGAGAACUCCCGCCUUUUCAAACACAACAGAAGACUGUUGACUUUUGGGGGAGGGGAGUUUGAAAGUUGUAAAAUGUUAUGGAUUGUCCUCCUGGAAAUAACUGGUUUUGAAAAGUAUCUGAUAAAGCUGAAUACAAAUUAGCUUGGUGGGAGGGGGAUCAUUUCCUACCCAAAGUCAUAGAGAUAUUCUUUCCUGCAUUGUAAACCUUUUAUAGUCUUGCUUUUCACAUUUGUCUUUAGUCUGCUCUGAACUGAUUUUUGUGAAAAGUAGGAGAUAGAAGUUCAAUAUAGUAUUUUUUCCAUAUGGAUAAGUAGUUGUUGCCCCAGCACCAUUCUCUGAAUACUUUAUUCUUUUCCCACUGAUCUAUAACACCAGCUCUUUCAUAAGUAAAGUCUCUGUGGGAGUGGGUCUGUUGAUUAUUUCUUUUCAGUCAAUUUGUCUAACCUUGUGGCCGUACCAUACAAUCCUGAGUACUACAACUUUAGAAACAGGUCUUCAUAUCUCAGGACAAAUCCCACCUCCAAAAAAAUCACCACCAAAUUUUUCUUCCUUGGGAGUAUCUUGGCUCUUCUUAGCCAUUUGCUCUUCUGUACAACUUUUAGAAUUAGAUUGACAAGUUCUAAAACAAAACAAAAAUGUUGGAAUUUUUAUUGGAUUUGUACGGAAUUUAUAGACUAAAUAAUACAAUGUUGAGUCUUCCAAUCCAUGAACAUGAUACAGUUCUUCAUUUACUUAGCCUUUUUAAAUGUCUUUCAAUAAAGUUUUAUAAUUUUCUCCAUAAA